AUGACCAGUACCAGCAAAGGGGAUAAUCAUGAUUACUCCGAUUCUUCGGAUUCAGAAAGGGAGGCAAAAAGAUUAAAGUCUAAAAACGUAAACAGACGAGAAAAUAGACCACAAAAAUAUAGAUGUGAAUGGGAAAGCAAUCCUCAUUUCAAAGGAUGGUUGAAAGCUGUUAAAGAAAAACCCACUCGAGCAAAAUGUAUUGCUUGUGAUAGUGAAAUUCAAGCAGAUUUAACUGUAUUGAAAAAUCACAGUAAGGGAGCUAAACAUUUAAAAAAUGUAAAGGUGAUUGUGAAAAAUCAACCAAAAAUUUCUACUAUGUUUUCUAAUAAAAACGAAGCUAGUGCUCAACUGAGUAGGGCAGAAAUAAAAAUUGCUGCAUUAAUAUCAGAGCAUAAUCUACCCAUCAAGCUGUGUGAUCAUCUGAUUCCUUUAUUAAAAGACAUAUUUCCUGACUCGAAAAUUGCCCAAGGAAUGCAGAUGGGAAGAACCAAAGCAACAGGUGUUAUAAAACAUGUUUUAGCCAAAUCUCAUUUUGAAGAACUAAUCGAUGAACUAAAAGCAAAAAAGUUUAGCAUUUUAGUAGAUGAAUCUACAGACAUAGGUGUAGUAAAAAUAUAUGUGUAUGUGUUAGAUGAAGCAAAUACAGGGGCGACUGCAGAAGUUCUUUAUAAAAAAAUUAUGGAUUUAUUUGAGUCUAACAAUAUACCUUUCCAAAAUAUUAUAGGAUUUGGUUCUGAUGGUUGUAACACUAUGUUUGGUGCCAAUAACUCAGUAGUAAGUAGGUUAAAACUAAAUGUUACUGGCAUUAUAGUUCAAAAAUGCAUCUGCCACUCUUUACAUCUUUGUGCCAGUGAGGUUUGUAAAGUUUUGCCCCGUCAUUGUGAAGAUUUAGCCAGGAAUAUUUUUGGUUACUUUAAAAAUAGCUCCAAACGGCAAGCACAAUUUACAGAAUUUCAGACAUUUUGUAAUGUGGAGCCUCACAAAAUUUUACGUCCUUCACAAACUAGGUGGCUUUCGUUACUUAUGGUAGUGGAAAGGAUAAUUGAGCAAUGGAAUCCCCUUCAAUUAUAUUUUGUUAAAGAAUGGACCGAACAUAGACUGCAAGCUUCAGAAGUUGUUGCCAAUAGACUUAAUGAUAUGGAAACUUAA